UGCUGGUUAAAACAGGCGCGAGAUUUGACGAGCCUUGCGUGUUUACUGACACUCGGAAGUGGGAGAUUGCUGAAGAAAGAUAAAUAAGAUACUGAUAAAAGCUAUUUAUAGUCGUGUUUAUUAGCGGUGAUUAUGUAAGAAUUCGUUGUAACUCUACGGCGAGCCCAAGGAAGAAGAAGGGAUGUUUCUGUUGGAGUGCGCGGAUGUUGUUGUUUGUGAUGGAGAGUAAACCGGUUCCCGCGAAGCUCCUGCACGCCGCUCCUCCGUACGGACACAUCAUCGCUCACGAGCGCUGGAGAGGCUCGGCCCUCGUGCACAGCCUCAGAGGGAGUGUGAAGACGAUCUUCGAGGAGGAGCUGGGUGUCGUGGACUUCUGUCUCAGUAAUAAAACCUGUGUCCUGUAUGUGUCAGAAAGCGAUUUGGUGGCAGGAAACAGCCACAGGAGGAAUAUUGUCCGAUUUAGAAAUGCGAACAGCGGUCUGCAGGGUAUUGUGAUCGUGGAGAAGACUCACCUGAGUGAGCAGUACUUCAGCGGAUUGCAGAAGCUUGUGGUUUUGGAGCUUGGUUUGACUCUUCUGCCUGUGUCCACCGCUCCCGAAGCGGCUCAGCUUAUAGCACAGAUGGUUCUUGGAGAGAACAAGGAGAACCCGUUCCGCAGGAAGAGCGUGUGCAGACUGCUGGAGCCGGUGGUGUUGAGUCUGGUUCAGCAGAUUCCCGGCGUUGGAAAGGUGAAGGCCAUGCAGCUCCUCCAGCGGUUCCCCAGCAUCCAUCAGCUCAGUGGAGCUUCGGUGCACGAGCUGGAGCCCAUCGUGGGACAGGCCACAGCCCAGCAUAUCACUGCAUUCUUCCACAAGCAGUUCACAUAGGGAUGCAUGUUACCAAAACAA